AUGUCCCGGGAGCCGUUGCUCGGGGGCUGCGGGCUGGGGGGGGCAGCCCUGGCGAGCUGCCUGGUGGCGGUGGCCGUAGCGCUGCGCUUCUGGGUCGUGCGGGGCCGCCGGCAGGCGCUCCACAAGGCCUGCAGCCAGCAGGAGGCGGCCUUGGAGGCCAUGGGCCGGAGCGUGGGAGUGUUCCGCAGCCAGAACCCAGGGCUAGACGAAGAGACUGUACUGGCCCUGCCCCUGGCCCAGCUGGUCCAGAAACUCAAGAACCAAGAGCUGUCCCCAGAAGCCGCCCUCUGCAGCUACUUGGGCAAGGCCUGGGAGGUAACCAAAGAGAUCAACUGCGUGACCAGCUACCUGGGCGACUGCAAGGCCCAACUGGCAGAGGGGGCCCAGCAGCCCGAGGUGGGCGGCCUGCUGUAUGGGGUCCCCAUCAGCCUCAAGGAGUGUUUCCAGUACAAGGACCAGGAUUCCACCCUGGGCCUGUGCCGGAACAUUGGCUUCCCGGCCAUGGAGGACUCCGUGGUGGUGCAGGUGUUGAAGAAGCAGGGGGCUAUUCCUUUUGUGCACACCAACGUGCCCCAGUCCAUGUUCAGCUACGACUGCAGCAACCCCAUAUUUGGCCGUACGCUGAACCCCCUGAACUCUACCAAGAGCCCUGGUGGGUCUUCAGGUGGGGAGGGUGCCCUCAUAGCGAGCGGUGGAUCCAUCUUGGGCUUGGGUACCGACAUUGGGGGCAGCAUCCGCUUUCCUUCGGCCUUCUGUGGCAUCUGUGGCCUCAAGCCUACUUCAGGCAGGAUCAGCAAGCGUGGGAUGAAGAACUGUGUCGAUGGGCAGCUGGGAGUCCUCACAUCUGUGGGGCCCAUGGCCAGGGAUGUCAGCAGCCUGGCCUUGUGCUUGCGGGCAUUGCUAUCUGAGGACAUGUUCCUCCUGGACCCCACAGUGCCCCCGAUGCCCUUCAGGGAAGCGCUCUAUGCCGGCAAGAAGCCUCUGCGGAUCGGUUACUAUGAGUCUGAUGGGUAUACCAUGCCCAGUCCCUCCAUGAAGCGGGCAGUGCUGGAGAUCAAGGCACUCCUGGAGGCCGCUGGCCACACGCUCGUCCCAUUCCUGCCUUCCAACAUCAGUUAUGCUGUGGAGAAGCUGAUUCCUGGUGCGCUCUUCUCUGAUGGAGGCAAGGCCUUCCUAGAGAACUUCAAAGGUGAAUCUGUAGAUCUGUGCCUGGGGGACCUGACCAUCAUCCUCAGGAUGCCCAAUUGGAUCAAAGGACUGUUGUCCAUGCUCCUCCACCCUUUGCUCCCAAGACUGGCAAACUUCCUCUCCAGCUUGAAGUCCCGGUCGGCUGGGGAUCUUUGGAACUUACAUCACGAGAUUGAGAAAUACCGUCACAGUGUCAUCAACCAGUGGAAAAUGCUGGAUUUGGAUGUGGUUCUGACCCCCAUGCUGAGCCCUGCCCUGACCAUCAACUACCCAGGCAAAGCUACAGGGGCUGUGAGUUAUACCAUGCUCUAUAAUUGUCUGGAUUUCCCUGCUGGUGUGGUUCCCGUCUCCACGGUGACCCAGGAGGAUGAGAAGAAGUUGCAAAAGUAUCGAGGCUACUUUGGGGACUUUUGGGACUUGAAGCUCGGCAAGGGCCUGAAGAAUAGUGUGGGGAUGCCUGUGGCGGUCCAGUGUGUGGCCCUGCCAUGGCAAGAAGAGCUUUGCCUCCGAUUCAUGCGCGAGGUGGAGAGGGUGAGCCAAGAGGCCAGAAAGCAGACAUCGAGGCCUUCUGGGCCUUACUGAGGGCCGAGCAGUCCCCAGGUUAAGCCCUGGCCCUCUCUUCUCAGCAGCCACCUUCAGUCUUCAGCUGGGGCAUCAGUAGCUCCAGUCCCUCUAAAGCCAUGAGUUUAGACACCCUCUCCCCCUAGACAUCCCAGUCCAGUUCUCAGGGACAAACCCCUUUUUCCCUCCCCAUACUCCCCUAGUUCCCCCAUGAAUGUUACAGACCAGAAAUGGUCCCAAGCAGGAGAGACUGGAAGAUCCUGUGCCUAACUUUCAAAAUAAUAAUAAUUGCAGGGAACAA